AUGGAAAAUUCCACCGGCUGUUUUACCGUCGCAUCGGAAAUUCCUUGCGACAAGUUUAUUAUCGUCACCAUCAUUGCCAUUCAACAGCAUGCCACGCCCACGCAACAGUUGGUGCUGACAUUGCAGUUCACCAAGGGAGUGGUUCGAGGGGAUCAUUCUCGUUUUGGCUCUCUAACAGCAAACAUCUUUUUGGACGACUACCAAAUUUCUUGGACUAAAAAUCCUACUUCCGUAAACAGGCUAAUAACAACAUGUGCAACCCCGGAAUGUGUUCAAUGCCCGGCACUUGCUGUGGACCCACCGGAGGCCUGGGACCCUGUAUGCUGUGCGGACCCUACAAUGGCCAGUGGUUCCGGUCGAUCAACCACUGCUGCGGUCCCUGUGGACCCUACGGAUGCUGCUCGUGCUACGGGCCCUACGGCGGACAUUGUUAGCCUGCUUAGAAGGAAAGUAGGAUUUGCUCAUCCACAAUUCUGAAAAAGGAGUUACGAAGGCUCAUCGAAAAUGAUAUCCCAUUCGAAGAAGCUAGCCAGCAAAGUGGAUCCAAAAAUUUGUGUUUGACGAAAAUUGUCGGGAUAUAUCUC